AUUUCAUCUUCUUCAUCUUGAGCUCUGUAUUUGUGAACUAUGAUUCUUCUUGGUUGAUGAAUCUAGAUCCUUAAUAUGGUAUCAGAUUACACAAAAACGUUCUUCCGCUUCAUUCUAUCAUCAUGAGUGUCUCGCUCAAUCAUCUUCUUCGUUCUGCGUUCGAUUUUCUCAUCGUUCUUGGCGAUUUUCUUCUUCAGAUCUUCUUCUGUUACUUCUUCUUGGUUCGUCUUCUCUGAUUGAGCUCGAUUGCGUUACCUUAGCUCUAUUUUGAGCUCGAUUACGUCAUCCUAGCUUCUUCGAACUUCCUUUUCUGAUGGGAUCGGAGAUCGCCGGCAACUGUUGAUUCGACGCGAUUUCAAGCUGAUCAAUAUGAGAAUCCGUACUAUCUCCAUCAUUCCGAUCAUCCUGGUCUUGUUCUGGUCUCCGAUCGACUCAACACUGCUUCUGAGUUUCACUCCUGGAGGCGAUCGAUUCAUAUUGCGUUGAACGUCAGAAACAAGCUGGGAUUCAUCGAUGGUACGAUUCCUAAACCACCUAUGACUCAUAAAGAUUAUGGUGCUUGGUCUAGGUGCAACGAUAUGAUCACGACUUGGCUUUUGAACUCUGUAUCAAAGAAGAUUGGUCAGAGUCUCUUGUUCGUUUAUACUGCUGAAGGGAUCUGGAAGAAUCUGAUCUCUCGUUUUAAACAAGACGAUGCGCCUCGUGUGUAUGAUCUUGAGCAGCGGUUGAGUUCUAUUGAGCAAGGCAACAUGGACGUCUCUGCAUACUAUACCGAGCUUGUUACGCUUUGGGAGGAGCAUAAGAACUAUGUGGAGCUACCUGUUUGUACUUGUGGUAGAUGUGAAUGUGAUGCAGCAGCUUUGUGGGAGAAACUGCAACAACGCAGUCGAGUAACGAAGUUCCUUAUGGGGUUAAACGAAUCAUAUGAGCAAUCUCGUCGUUACAUCUUGAUGUUAAAACCUAUGCCUACCAUUGAGGAAGCCUUUAACAUUGUGACUCAAGAUGAACGUCAGAAGGCUAUUCGUCCUAGUACUCGUAUUGAUAAUGUAGCUUUUCAGCUACAGAGUACUCCUGCUGCUACGAUUGCUGGUUUGUUGCCUUCUCCUGCUGCUGAUCCUUCCUAUGUUGCUGCGUAUAACACCAGUCGUCAAGCACAGAAACCAAUCUGUACUCAUUGCGGCAAGUCUGGUCACACAGUCCAAAAGUGCUUCAAACUUCAUGGCUUUCCCCCGGGAUACAGGACAAACUUUAGUACCUACUCCAGGAACAAUACUAGAGCUGUACCUUCUCAGUCAGUUGCACCUGUGACUCAACAGACUCCUGCUUUGACUAAUGCUAUUGCUACUGUGCAUUCGGAUAUGGCAUUACCUUCGGCUCCUAUGCCUCAACUCACGACUGGUGGCACUACUAUAACACUUCAAGACUUUACUCCGCAACAGAUACAACAUCUUAUCUCUCAGUUCAACUCUCAAGUCCGGGUUCCAGAGCAUCCGAUUCUUUCUUCACGAGCUUCUAUUACAGAACAUGGUAUUAUGGCCUCUACUUCUUCUUCUGGACCUUUCUCGGGGAUUGAUGAUUGGGAGGGGUGAACUUCAUCACAAUCUUUAUAUUCUUACUCAGCCAACCUUCUCAACAUCAUCUCAUGUGGUUCCUUUCUGUGGCUCUGUUCUCUCUGAUGAUCGCUUAUGGCAUUUGCGUUUAGGUCAUCCCUCGUCUGCUGUCUUACACAACUUGCAUCAUGUCAUACCUUCUUUGAAGUCGUCUGCUCCUGCUAGUUCUCCUUGUCAGAUUUGUCCAUUAGCUAAACAACGUCGUCUUGCAUAUGUUUCAAAUAACAAUUUGUCUCUUCAUUCUUUUGAUCUUGUACAUUUGGAUGUUUGGGGUCCUUUUAAAACUGAGUCUGUUGAAGGUUAUAGAUAUUUCUUUACAUUGGUGGAUGAUUGUACAAGAAUGA